AUGGAUAAGCAAACUUCAAUCCUCUUACUAGGUGCCGGCACUUUUGGUCUAUCAACAGCCUAUCAUCUCGCCAAGGCCGGUUACACCAACAUAACUAUACUCGAGAAAUCUUCUACCUUCCCUCCAGAGCUCUCCGCCGGUAAUGACCUAAAUAAAAUCUUACGCGCCGAGUAUGAAGACCCCUUCUACGCCGAGCUAGCUCUUGAGGCUAUGGCUGCCUGGAAAUCUCCCCUAUUCGCGCCGUACUAUCACGAGACAGGUUACUUGCUCUGCAAUUCGGCUGCUGCCCCUGAGAAAUCUAAGAAAUCUCUCCAGAAGGCGCUUGACUCCAUCAGCCAGCAUCCAGCGUUUAAGAAUAAAAUCACACCUGUCAUCUCGCGGGAUGAUAUCCACAAAGUUGCCCCUGCCUUCAGCGGCCCCAUGCAAUGGAAGGGUUACUUCAAUAGUUUCGCCGGAUAUGCCUCUGCAGCUGAUUCCUUAAUGGCUGUAUACUCAGCAUGUAUUGCGCUGGGCGUGAAAAUCCACCUUAACUCGACGGCCCAAGCCCUAACAUACUCGGGGGAUAUCUGCACAGGUGCGAUCACCGCCGCUGGCAAGCACUACAGCGCCUCUAUGAUAGUCCUAGCACUCGGAGCAUCGCUUGGCUCGAUCUUGCCUCAGAUUAAGAGACAGGUGGUCGCCAAAGCCUCACCUCUAGCCCAUAUACAGCUCACUCCCGAAGAAGCGGCGCGGCUGCGCGGCAUCCCCGUGACGUAUGCGCGAGACUUGGGAUUCUUCUUCGAGCCGGACCGCCGUACUAAUCUCCUGAAGAUCUGCCCUUCUAUGGCGGGGUAUACCAAUUACGAUACAUCGUCCGGGCUGUCCCUCCCGCCAGACGACAACGAAUUUAUCCCCGCCGUCGACGAAGCCAUGAUAAGGCGGCUGCUGCGAGAGACACUGCCUGGGCUAGCGGACAAACCGUUGAUCAGAAGACGGGUGUGUUGGUGUGCAGACACAGCAGAUAGCGAGUAUGUGAUUGACUUUGUGCCAGGGAAGAAGGGAUUAGUCGUAGUUACAGGGGACUCGGCACAUGCGUUCAAGAUGCUACCAAUUGUUGGGAAGUGGGUGAAGAAUGUAUUGGAGACAGGACGUCAAGAAAACGCGCGGUGGCGAUGGAAAGAGGGGAGCGAUGCGGCGGCGGCAGACAUUAGCUGGAGGGUUGGUCAGACAAUGGAUUUUAAGGAGGUGAAGGAUAUACGGAGAGAUCCGAAAAUAACCAAGGCAAAGCUAUAA